UUGCGGGGCAUUGUAUUUUAUUACAUAAAUCCCGUAAAACCUAGGGUGUGAGACUUUGCCCUUCAAAGUCUUAAUGCGCCCAGACUUGACAAAGCAACCGCGUCUCAUCGAUUGACCACGCGGCCUUUCCCAAUUUUUCAUUGCCCUCUUUUUCAUUACGCUUCCUAUUCCUAGUUCCCACCCUUUGCCUCUCUAUAAAUACCUUCCUCUAUCUUUCAUAUUCUUCCAUUCAUUUCUUCUCUCAGCUCAGCUUCCAAAACAAGCAGAUUUUCUCGGGGUUUUGUAGUUUACAUGGCAGAGAAACAAGCUCAUCUCAAUGGAGCCUACUAUGGCCCCUCAGUUCCACCAGCUCCCGCGAAUUACCGCAGCCAUCGUCGUAGCUCGGGUUGCGGAUGCGGCUGCUGUCUCCUGAAGCUACUGUUGAAAAUCAUAAUCACCCUUGUCAUCAUUAUUGGCCUUGCAGUUCUCAUCUUCUGGCUCAUCUUCCGCCCCAACGAGGUCAAGUUCCAUGUGACUGACGUCUCGCUCAACGAGUUCAACCUCGACGGUAACAACACCUUGCGUUACGACCUUGCUGUCAAUAUCACAGUGCGCAACCCAAACAGGAGAAUCGGAGUACACUAUGAUCGGAUCGAGGCUAGGGCUUACUACGAGGACCAACGUUUCAAUACCCAAACUUUGCCCUCGUUUUAUCAAGGACACAAGAACACUAGUUUCUUGAACCCUGUAUUCAAGGGCGAGCAUCUGGUUAUCCUUGGUGCGGAUGAAACUGCGGAGUUCAAUGAAGAGAGGGCUAGUAAUAUUUACAGCAUUGAUGUGAAGCUGCAUUUGAGGAUAAGGUUCAAGGUUGGAAGCGUGAGGACUGGCAGGUUCAGGCCCAAGGUUUCUUGUGACUUGAAGGUUCCAUUGAACGCAGCCAAUGCUACCUUUUCCACCACCAAGUGCGAUUGGGAUUUCUGAUUCAUGAUCUAUAUCGAGUCUUUUGAUUGGAUAUUUCCAUUUUGGGAUUCACACACUUUAUUCUUUUGUACCUUGAUAUGUAAACCAGUGGUAUUCCUUUAGGAGAUACAUGCACUGAUGAUUAUAUUUUGUUUUGAUUAUAUUCUUCAUUUUUGUUUUCAUUUCAUGGCCUUCCAUUUUGUUACGUUUGUGUGAAUAAAUAAUGAGUUUUAGUGACUCUUUUUUA